CUCCAGAUGCCAAUGGAGUGGGCACCGCGCUGUCAUAUGGUACUGUCGCCGAUGCUCGAGACAGGUUUGAGGCUUGAGGAGGCUUUGAGGCUCAACGGAGGCAGUCGUUACGUGGUCUUGAUAUCACAACCGAGCCUAGACUUGGAAUAACCCAGCUGUGCGUUUGCACCUUUCGCCUUGUGAGCGACGCGGCAUGCACAGGAACAAUGGGGAUGGUCAGAGGUUGCGCUGAGGACGCCAGAUGCCAUACCGCACACAUGUCCUCCCUAACAUACGAAUCCAGGCUCAACGCAGGUUAUUGAUUAUGCUUGCGGGGUCCGACCGGGAGCCAGACGUUUCAGCAGCAGCAGAGAGAGUGCAACGAGGUGGAUGCUGCGCGGCGACGCGCCCCCUGAAUCCCUAAACUGAAUCUUGUGGACAGUGUUUGAGAGUGUGUGUGCAUAUGUGUGUGCGUGUGUGAGGGAGAGCGUGAAAGUGUGUGUGUUAGCACUUCCACAUGGCCUCCAUGCAGGACGGGGUGAACUUCUCUGCUCAUCCCUACGGCAAAGUACUGCUGCUGGGGGCCAUCGCCGCCGCCUCAGCCUUCGUUGUCACCAUCCUCAUCGUCGUGCUAUGUGUGGGCUGCCAGAGGAAGGGGAAGACGCACAAUGGCCCUGGAGAGGAGAGGAAGCAUAGGCUCAUGGACAUGAGUAUACUGCGACAGUCCAAGCUGACCUCCAUCAGUAAGUCAGACACCAAGCUUCAUGAGAUGAACAGACUCAACUGCAAUGGCAAGAAAUCUUCUAAGAAGAACCGUCCCGCCAGCAUGGAUCUGCUCCUACUUCCUAGCCGUCGCUCAAACUCCGACCUGCGUUCUCAGGGCCGCCAGCUGCCUCAGAUCCCCUCUGGUGAGGAUGGGGAACACACGUAUGCCGAGGUGGGCCGCCGCUCUUCUCCCACACGCGGUUCUGAGGAUGCCCGCUAUGGUGUUGGAGGUCGAGCUGGAGAGACAGACACACCCGCCCCACCGGCGGUCCCUGCUAAUACCCCAGCUCCACCUGAUCCUGAUGGGGACUGCUUGGAGGGUGGGAUUCCAGAGCCAGAGACCCUUCCCCAAGUGGUAAACACGCCCCCUCAACCGCAGGAAACAGUGGAGUACGCCUGCAUCAGAAAGGUCCGGAGAGUGGACAAAGCAGCCCAGAAGAGGGACAAUGGGACGGAGACUGAGGAGGGGCUCGGACAACAACAACAACGACACAGCAGUGGGGAUAUUCGACAUGCCCCGCCCACUCACCCAGCCCCGCCUCCAACACACCCACACAGUCAGAAGAUUCCUCGGAAAAACUUGGAGGCCUUCAAUCUUCCACCUUUCCCGAAGGAGGCAGUGUUUAUUGGAAAUGGAGAACAGUACAUAUGGAAACCUCCGGAAGACGAUGAGCUCAUCUUCCAGCACAAGCAGAUGGGUAUUCUGAGCUCUCAUGCGGGAGAGAAUAUGGCAGCAUCUGCAGCAGGGAUCACUGAGAUGUAUUCGAAAGUCUGCAAACCGGGCAAAAAGAAGCGAGGCAUGCCUGGCUCGCCCACUGCCACAAGGGACAUCAGCGGCUAUAGGACCUUGGCUCGAGGUGACCGCGGUGAGCGUGACGGGGGUUUCAGCGUGGUAGUCAAACCCCAAACGUGGGCCCCACAGGAGGGCAAAGGCACGAGAGCGCCACCUGGUUGUAUGGAGGACCACUGCUACGAAGCCAUCAGCACUGAGGAAACAGACCUGGCUUACGAGACCAUGGAGGGUGGGGGAGGCUGGAGGCGUGACAGGCCUCCACCCAAUGCCAGUGCCACCUUGCGGCCCAAGCGGAAGCGGCCCCAGCAACCCUUGCAACAACCACCGCCACCCCCUCCACCCCCCCAGCAGACCCCCAAACUGCAGCAUCUCCCAGCCAAAACAAUGCUGAUUCCCGGGGAGAGCCUGUACGAGAGCAUCCCUGACCUGAAGCAGGGCUCGGCCACCUCCAGCACAACCACCAUCUUUACUUUUAAUGAUGGCAUGGAGAUGUAUGUCACUGGCCUGUAGGGAGUGCUCUGGGGAAGGGAACUUUCCUCUCUUGGGGCUUGAAUCUUGAAUGGGGACAUGUGAGCGUGUCGUAACCCAAUGGGAUACGCGCAUUGUGCCACUGCUAUAUAUUUUACAUGGGUUCCAAGUAUUAGUUGAGCAUUAAUUGAGUUUUGUAAGUCUAGUUAAAGGUCAGUAUUCUCGCAGCACAAAACGAUAGAAUGCUUACGUGAAAAUCCAAACGAAAUGAUUUCGCCUAGUCACAUGCCUCCAUAACGAAGAAGAAAAAUAGUCACCAGCCACGACAUAUCACACCCGACAGUAGCAUUCCUGUAGAGGAAAUUCUUGUUUUUUGUCAUUACAUGCUGUAGUUAAGGACAAAGUGACCAUCGGAAUUGCGGGUCAAACUUGAAUUUGAUGCCUAGAAAAUCCCAAAGUAGAAAAAAUAGAGCACAAGUCUAUUACAAAAGUAACUUGAGAAGCACAGUGUAAUUGUGUCCCCGUGGCCCUCUGAAAAGAAGAAAAAAAUAAUAAUUUGGUAGAUGCCCUCAGCAAAGUACCGAUUUAAAAAAGACAAAAAUGAAUACACAGAAACUGAACAUUAUUAGAAAGCCAAUCAAAAGCUAUUGCCAAGCAAAAUAUCAUAUAUUGACAAAAGCCUUUAUUUAAUCUGUUCAUAGAAGAGUUGAUCCUAUUUUAAAAAGGCUAAAAGCUAUCUAUUGCCUAAAAGCUUUAGGAAACACACGGCCCUAUUUUUGUAAAGUCAAAGCCUCUAUUUAUGUAAAAAAUUAAUCAUAAUUUUAGAGCUAAAAUAAAGAUUCUAAUUCGAUUGGUCAAACAGAUCCUGUACGCCAAGAAAGUAUUUUCUUAUUAAGCACAAAUAUCUCAUGCUUAGCAUGUCGUCUGUCUGAGACAGUGCCCUUCUGAAAUUGAAGAGUACUAGAUUUAAAAUCUGUUAAAAUUAAUAGAUGGUAAAUUGCAAUUGUCAAUAAAGCAAGAUCAUGGAGAUAAUUAGCAAAAGCUCAGGGACAGUGAACAAAAAUAUUAAAUAAUUGCACACAAAAUGUUAUGACAUAUCUCGCAAGAGACCCCCAAUGUCUUUUCAUGUUAUUUUCUUGUUUUUGGUCAUACAUCAAUUCCAACUGUCACAUAAGUCACCACAGCACUUCAAUGCGGUAAAGUAAGUGUUUUUCUUUGUCAAUACUGUUUAUGCACUUUGCCUGAUUAAAAAGAUGCAUGCUUUCAAGAAAAAAUACCCUUGUAAAGGGAUAAAAAAAAGAAAAGAAAGAAAAGUGAAACUAGCACUGUCCUGUGGUAUCAGAGAAUGGUUUAUUUCUUGCUGUUGUCGGUGGAUUGUUUGAUUUAUAUGCCUUUUUCUUCAUCUGAGAAAGAGCACAAAGUGAAUCGCUUCAGGACUGAGGGAGACCAAUGAGGACUCGAGGAGGACUCUCUAAAUAAAAAACUGGACAGUUAGGAAUAUAACACAAUUGGUCAGAAGAAAUGUAUCAUAGACAAUCCCUUUCCCCCAUCAUUUCAGAAGCAGUCAGGAUGUCCAUGUAUGUCCAGAUCAGAUUGAAUGGAAUCACAUACAUUAGAUUGUUGCAAAAAUCUCCUGUAUGUAAUAUGAAAAUAACAGGAGAUUAAAAAAGAAAAAAAAAAAAGAAAAAAAAAGGUACAAUGACUAAGCGAUUUAAAAUUAGUGUAUGUUGCCCUGUAAGUCUGUGGGAGGGGGGUUUGGGGUUUUAUGGGCCAGAUAGUGGACAAUGUCAAAAUAUCUAUGAAAUGUGGACUAGCCGCUGUCUCUUGGUGUCUUUGAAUCUGAUGCUAAUGUGAUCUGGAUUAAAUUAUCCCAAAUGGCUGGAGCACACAAAAAGGGCCUCAGGUCAACUAAAUAUAAUCAAACCGCUUGUCUAAGCCCUCGUUGCUAUCAAAUGUUGGUGCAAUGUUGUAAAUAUGUUACAAGAAGAAUUACAGAAGAAAAUGGGGGGAGGGAAUUUGCUCUUGGUGUUCCUGAAAGUAUUUGUUUCUUUCUGGUUGUCCUUUUGGAAUGAUUUUUCUCUGGUGAAAAAUUAUCUCAGCAGUAUCUCUGUGAGUUUUGAUUAUGUGCUUUGGGAUUUUUUUGUUUUCCACAUCAUUUUAGCUAUACUGUGUAUCUCAAAGACCAGUUGAGUUUAGUGUGGCAGCUAAUGUUGUGCGUUUGCUUAUCAAACAACAGGGUGGUGUGUAUUAAAGCUGUGUAAUUAAGUACUAAUGUGCAAAAGAUUGUAAUGUUUUUAUAUCAAAAUGACUAUUCAUAAAAUGUCGGGUCAAGUUUAUACUUUUUUAAAUAAAGUAGCACUUCAAAAAACACAAAGCAUAUAGCAUUUACAUAGUGUUUUCUCGCUCGCAAUAAGCCAUUUAUUAAUUCUCUAAAGAGACGUACCACUAAGUGCUCAGACAAUCCGAUCUCACAAAAUGUAACAAUUUGACAAGGUGACAAUUACAUAUGAAUUUGUAUGAUGCGAUCUGUACGAAAACGUACACUUUUGAAAAAAGUAAGCAUGAAUGUUUGCCCCCAACCUCUAAACCUAAUUAUCAAGUACAUGUAAGCAGAUGGUAUGAAAAUUUAAGAAUGAGAUUGUAAGAAUUCAUAUGAAUUAUAGUUUGAAAUACUUACGAAUUGUCUUGAGAU